AUGGCUCUCCAGGAACAAACUAGCAAAGGCCUCCCGCCAAGCAAGUACCUGUGUCUGACGAUUCUCGGCUACCGCAAGCCCGGCAUGAGCGAGGAGGACUAUCGCCGACAUAUGACGGAAGUGUCCGCCCCGCUGACGAAGGACCUCAUGGCCAAGCAUGGAAUCAAGCGCUGGACAGUCAUGCACACGCCGCAAGCGACUAGGGAGCUCAUGAGCCAACUGUACGAUCACCAGAUGGCAAAUGUGGCCGACUAUGACUGCUUCAGCCAGGUCGUGUUCGAGAGCCUGGAGCACUACAAGAAUCUGAAAGAGGAUCCCUGGUAUAAGAGCCGCUUGUUCGGAGACCACGAGAAGUUUGCGGAUACGAAUCGAAGCAAGAUGACGAUUGGGUGGAUCGAAGAAUGGGUUCACAAUGGCCAGACCCGGGAAAAUAUGGAUGCACCAUGGCUGUCAUUCCAGAACUGA